GACUGCCUGCGACUUGCUACUAUACUCCGCGUUUGAGGAUCACAGAUACCUGCGAUCUCACUUCAUACAUACGACAUCUUACACCCGCUAUAUCCAUAAUCAGCUAUGAGUUGGUCUGGUUUCCAGAAGGCCGUUAAGCGUGCCGGAACGACGGUUAUGAUGAAAACCGGUCAGAUUGAGAAGACUAUUGACCGGGAGUUUGAGUUGGAAGAACGACGAUUUAGAACUCUCGAGUCUGCCGCCAACAAACUCCAGAAGGAAGCAAAGGGAUAUCUAGAUUCCUUGCGAGCUAUGACUGCUGCGCAAACCCGAAUCGCAGAGACCAUCGACGCCUUCUACGGCGAAUCCGGCGCCAACGACGGCGUCAGCAAAUACUAUCGCACGGCAGUCGAAGACCUCGACGCGGAUACGAUCAAGGCACUCGACGGCCCGUACCGCGCGACCGUGCUCGAGCCGAUCUCGCGCUUCGUCUCAUAUUUCCCGGACAUCAACGACGCGAUCAAGAAGCGGAAUCACAAGCUUCUCGACUACGACGCCAUGCGGGCCAAGGUGCGCAAGCUCGUCGACAAGCCUGCGGACGAUGUCGCGAAGCUGCCCAAGGCUGAGCAGGACGCUGAGAUGGCAAAGACCAUAUACGAAGAACUCAACACGCAGCUUGUGAACGAGCUGCCGCAGUUGAUUGACAUUCGAGUGCCGUACCUCGACCCUUCGUUUGAGGCGCUGGUCAAGAUCCAGCUGCGGUUUUGCUCGGAGGCGUACACGAGAAUGGCGCAGGUGCAGCAGUACCUGGACCCGAGUACGAGAGAAGAGUAUGCCGGUGGUUACUUGGAUACCAGAGUCGAGCAGGUUCUCCAGGGCAUGAGAGAUCUGUCUAUCACUGGCAUGUCCUCUGCCUAAUCAUCUAUCAGUUCUAUAUAUCUCGAGCCGAUUCCGGUGUCCUAUUAUUUCUCCUACUAUUUCUCCUAAUUUCUUCUUCCGUUUAAGAUGUUCUUGACUGUCGUUUGUGCUUUGAAAUCAGCAGUAUUUUUUGUUUGUUAGCAUUCUACGUGUCGGUGUACUUAAUUCAAGAGUCUUUGUUUCGUCGAUCUGAGUAGAAGUCUGAUGGUAUUGAGUAUGAUUUGCCUGUAGUUCCAUCGAAUACCCGUCCUAUGACCUUAGAAGCAGAGAAAAACUGGGAUAAUUGCAUUUCUGUAGAAAGUUCGAUGACCGACGUCACAAUCGUCCAGUGCGGCGGUGGGCAUUGGGAAUAUGGAGAU